UUCGCGCCUUUUCACUGCGAAGCUUCUCAAGGAAGCUUGCCCUCCUUACACAGCAGAACGCAACGCUGUGCCGAUUCUUCAAUUAGGGUUUCAGAAUUGGGUCGCAGUUGAAGCUCUCGCUGCAAAUUCGAAUGCACUUCAGUUGCUUCCCCUGUCAAGCUCCGCCCUCAGAAUGAAGAAAACGGGUCGGAAGUCUUCAAUUGCUUUCUCUGAAGUUCGGAGUUCGAUUGAGAGUUACAGUACCAAAUUUUCGUCGCCGAAGUUCGUGAAGAGAGUGGAGGCACUGACAGAUGAGCAGCGAAUCGCAAUUGAGAAAACGGGAUUUGGGAAUCUGUUGCUGAUUCCAAAUCAGACUAUGAACAGGAAACUGUUACUUGAAUUGAUGGACAGGUGGAGCUUUGAGAGGCGGGCGUUCGAGCUCGCCCAAGGGGAACUUACUGUGACAUUGUUGGAUGUAGCACUGAUUAUGGGCCUGCGAGUGAACGGGAAUCCUGUACUCCUCAGGGAAGAUGAACCCUUCUCAGAUUUGGAGAGGCAAUAUGGCGCUACUCCUGAUAAGAGAAAGAUUUCAGUUGAUUUUAUUGAGAGCAGGCUUGAGUCCCUUGGUGAAGCUGCUAGUGAUGAUUUUAUCAGGACUUUUCUACUGUUUACAUUCGGGAUUUUCCUCUUCCCUGAUACAAGUGGAAAUGUUGACUCCCGUUACCUCUCAUUUCUUGAAAGUCUUGAUGAUGUUUGCGGGUAUGCAUGGGGAUCAGCUGUGCUUGAGGAAAUAUUAAUGUGGUUGAACAAAAGGAAGGAUUCAAAUACACAAUCUGUGGGAGGUUGUCUCACAUUCCUGCAGAUUUGGUCUUACGAGCACAUUGACUUGGCUCGGCCAGGUCUACUUGAUAAGACAGCAUUUCCUCGUGCAUGCCGAUGGGAAAAUCGUAAGCAUCAUCCUAGACCGUCGAUCUCGAUCACCACAAUGUUUCAUGAUCUGAAGGAUGAUCAGAUGAUCUGGAUGCUGAAACCCACUUCUUACGAGUUGGAACUUGAUGUAGUCAAAGAGUUAAUGGAGGUUCAGAACGAUGGGAAUGAACUUUCUGGAGGCCUAGAGCUAUCACCUACUUCUCCCGGGAUUGUCAAAUCAGAGAUUGUCUCAGACACUUAUUCACCGAACGAUGCACCAAAGGGAGAGGAGAGAAAAGAACUGCUACAACCAUGUCCGUGUGAGUUGCAAAACAGAUCAGACCCAUCAACUGAUCUUGAAUACCCAACCGUGUCAUCUUCUCCACGAAGUGCCAAUGUGGAGCUUCCAUCAACAUCACAAGACACUUCCAUGAUUCUUCCGGCGGGCGAUGAGGACACCUUGAUACUGAAAAAUCAGAAGUUAGAGGAUCGUGUACUUGAAUUGGAGAAGGAGAUAGAUGGCCUGAAGCUGAGGUUGAAAGAGCAGCAACGCUCUGAUCAAAUAUUGAAAGAGGAGAAUGCAGAACUGAAGAAAGAAGUGGAUGACUUGAGAAGAGACAACCGGGCCAUAAGCUUAUCAUCUGAUGAUCUCGUCUGUCGACUCGAGAAUCUGCUGUCUGGUGACGGUAUAGAUGACGGAGAAGGAACAUGAGCCUGCAGUCUCCACCAGAUUGGGUAAAAGAGUGAGUUUUUCCUCACCUUCCUCCCAUAGGUUGCUGCUAUGUAAGCUUAUAUCUUCAGCAAAGGUUUCAGCCUUUUGAAAGCUAGUUUAACCUUCUGUGCCAUAAUAUCGGAUGCCUUCAAUGUGCCGUAGUCUAUGAUUCUUGACGAUGAACCUUGGUUGAAGAUGCAAGGGGAUGCGUAUUAAUCGUUGUGAUAUUAUAAUUUAGGAAUAAUAUCUCUCUGACAAGCUUGUGUAUAGAUAUUCCUCUUCUUGUACAUCUGUAUUCCCCAGAAACCUGCUUAUGAUAGAUAAUUUUUUAGUGUAUGCUCUACUCAUUUUUAAGGAAUCCAUCUUGUGUUUCAGCCUUGGGCCUCUGCUUGUAUAUUAUGAAUCCGAUUGCAAUUUUUGACA